CCAAAUCCACCGACUCUCUACGGUACACCACUUGGUGUAAAGACGCCCUCCACACCGAUUUACAGGAUCUUCUUCAGUUUGUGCAGGCUUGGAUUUCUCUUCUGUCAUGGCUCUGAUGAUGAAAGCUAGUCUGCUGCUGGCUGCGCUGGUGCUGUGCUGCCGUGCUUCUUUCAUCCCUGAACUGCAGCAAGGUACAGUACCAGAAGGAGAGCCACUACCAGAGCCAGAACCACAGCCUGAACCAGAACCGGGGUCUCCUAUCAACAAGCCACCAGUUACUGCAGGGUCCUGUCCAAAGGAUGUCCGUCGAGUGGAGUGUCUGAUGAAUCCCUGUCUGCUACUCAGUUGUCCCAGCUGUGAGGAAAGCCCAGUGCGUGGUCGACUCUUGUGGGAUGUGCCGACCUCGCUGGAUCUACUGUGGCAAGGAAGUCACCAACGACUGUCUUGAGUCCCUGAUGGCCUGUUCUGAUGGAUCAGUUCCCCACAAGUGUCUCGUGGAUCCCUGUCUCACUGCCAGAUGUCCAGCUGUGGAGGGAGCUGUCUGUGUGGCUGACUACUGCGGCGGCUGCAGAGACAGAUGGAUGCUCGGUGACAUGGAGGUCACCAAGAAAUGUCACCAGGGUCUUGCAAGUGCUGCUUGGAAUGGGCCACUGAGCUACAGACUGGAUGCUGCAGCCAGCUUUCAGCAGAACUGGUGUCAGCCUGCUGUUUGCCAUAUCCCAGGGGCCAGUUGUCGCUUUAACAAAGAUAGAUAUCGGUGGUGGACGCCUUAUGGUGAGGACGUCACUCGAUGGUGCUGAUUACCUGGGUUUUGGACUGACCUGAUUGCAAGCCCUGCUUCGGACUGAUUUAUAAAGACUUAGAGUUUGAUUUCUUGUAGCUAGUUUUGUGCAGUAGUUCUAUUAUGAAUAUCAGUUAAGACAUAAAUAUGGUGAAAA